AAUAGAGAGCAAUGAACCCACCUUGACGGACAUCACAAUUGUGAACCACGACUUUGAACCACCCUGUACAAGUUGUAAACCUUCGUUAGGCCAACGUUACCGGGCACAUAACCACAGCCUAGUGGACUGUACAUAACCUAAAAAUUUUAAAUUUCUUUGUGGUCGUUGAUUUUUGAAAUGCUAAAACGUUAGAAAUGGAUAGACAAAACCAGGAUGUAUUUUGUGAGGAACUUUCAGAUCUCUUUAAUGACCACGUAUUCGAAAUGCACAACUCUGAAGACAACCAAAACUCUCUUACUGCAUUAAUUAGCUCUUUCACAACCCACACAAACGUCGAGGAACGGCUUAAAAUCGCACAAACUUUGAUUCAUCAACAUUUACCAUCAAUUUCUAUAAUUAUUGUGGACGAACAACUGUUGAAACAUUUAAUUCCAGUUCUGAAAGAUAUUUACGCUAACCUAGUGAAAGACGUACAAGCAGUCGCAGUUAGCAAUGAAAUCAUUUCAGAUAAACUACACGUUCUGCAAAAUUCUUUGCAGAUGUGUAUCACAGUUCUUAAAAUGUUGGGCGACAUUCUCGAUUGCCUACUGAAAACUAAGCAAUUUGCGUUGUGCGAUGUGAGAAGCGUGCCUCUGAAUACCAUUGAAAUGUUGCUGGUCACAUUUCGCCAUUGCAAAGAUAGUAACACAUUGUAUGGAGGCUACAGUCAUAAACUUACGGAACUUUUAACCAUUUUUAAACUUGCCGAUAACGUUCACAAAAAAUUGUUUGCAUUAUUUGAGAUCGUUGCAGAUGCGUCCGACGAGGGGGUACUGCUGCAAGAAGUUCUAAAAUUUUUGGUCGAAAUGGGCGAGAUACUUGCGUGUAUCAAUGUAAAGGUGAACGCUUUCAACUGGAAGUGCUACAUGUCGAUUGCGCAGAAAUUUUCUCACAUAUUAAAUAAGGAGUCAUUUUCUAUUAGGCAACCGUUACUAACGCUGGUAAACGAAAUUUUAAAUAAUCUCAAGCUGAUGAAAAAGGAUAAUGCCCAGAAUCGCAUUAGGCUCUGCAAUUUCAAUUUCAAAGUUAUUUCAAAGCUCUGCGAGCUCUUUGGGACGAACACACAAGAACACUGCCCGAUAAUUUACGACUUAUUGCACACAUGUUACAGGUAUUAUCCUCCAUUACUUGUGUUAGAGGAGUAUCAAGAGGAUGUCAUUUGUGUAGUUGAUUCCUUGAUAUUCUCACAAGUCGCCGAUUUGCUGAGAGACUUGUGUUUGCAACCCUGCUUUUAUCAGAUACUAGAAAAAGUGCAACCGGUUGCUCAAAAUACGCUGGUAUUUUAUGCUAUCACUUUUAAAGUGAUGUCGUCCUUGUUAUCCUCACAUCCUGAAAUUAUUACAUUUGGGAGGGUUUCUGCAAUGAUUGGUGCGUUCUUCGCUAUGCUCGAAAGAGGGCAUUCCGAAUUUUGGGAUGUUAUUAUUGCUACGGCUGAUAACAAGAACAGUUUGUAUGAUGAUUCUGUAGUGAAUUUGGCUGAUAUUAUUUGUGUGUUAAAUGAGGAAGAGUUCAAUCGAGUGGAGCAAAUCCUUUUUCAGGCUAUUUUUGUGGAGUGUCCCUGGUGCUCUUUAUUAGCUGUUGACAUAUGGAACAUGGUCUUAAGGAAAGAAAAUCUUCAAUUGAGUUACGAAACGAUCUGUAAUGUUAUCGACCAGACAAAGUGUCUUUUAGCAAACGAACACUUGAAUCAGCCUCAACUGAUUUUUCUAAAAAAUUUCCUACAAAGAGCAUUCGACAAUUUAUCACCGAACUAUAGAGCGAUGCUACUUGAUAAAUAUCCCCUCCAUAGUAACCUGCACGUGUGGAAGGUGUUCAGGUUUGAGCAUCUCCCGAAAACGGAACUUGUGGGUAUCGCUGCGGAAAUAAUCAACGUCGUGCAUAAGACCAACAGUUUGAUCGCUGGUAACUGUAAUUCGGAAGAAUUUCAAAUUCUGUGUACUGGGCUUGAUACUGUUUCGUACAUUCGGGAGCAUUCGGAAAUUGACACUUCACACCUGAUAUUGGCUCUCUUUAACUUGUGGAAGUGGGUAGUCAAUAAUCAGCUGAAUGAAGUGCAGUUAUUUAAAUACUUCCUUCAAAAGUUGAUUUCGGCAACCAGCAACUUCCUCCCCCACUUUAGCAUUGACAAAUUGCUUGCGAUACUAAAUGCCGUAAAUGAUCUUUUAACCGCAAAUGUAAACGUUCAAAUUUCAACCACAUCACUGCUAAGCACCCUAACGAAGGGAUCGUUAAAUUCGUCACUCGAUCGAAAGCAAGUUUUGACCACGGUUUCCAAAGCAUUCCACAAAUUGCUCACGCACAAAAAUCCGAUUAUUAAUCAAAACGCGUUGGAGGUUUUUCUACAGUUCAGCGAUAAUUGUCAACGCAAUGCCAUGCUGCACGGGGCGAUUAAAGGUGGCGCCGUAGAAAAAAGAAUUUCAAACUUUAUUAAUAACCAAAUAGAAUUGGGACCCUUAAAUACAAGGGAGUAUUUCAAAAUGCAAAACAAGUACCAAUAUGUCCACAGCUGUAAUGCUUCAACCGCUCCUUCCGAGUCAGAGGCUGGCAGAGAAUUAGAGACUGUAGUCAAAAGAAUUAAGAUGAACGUGGAGCUGUUUCACAAGUUAACGAAUCGAACGGGCGAGGCAGACGAGAAUCUAGCCAAGAUUAUGACAAUUUUAAAUGCUUAAUGUUUGUUGUGUUAAAAAAAAAUUAUUAUAUUUUUUUUUGUGU